ACAAAGACAGCACGCACGCUCGGGUGUGAGUGCUAUCUCGAAAAUAUCACCCACUUUCUGCUCCAGUUCAAUAUUUCAUAUUUAUUUGCUUUCCGUUUCUGUUUUUCGGCUCUCCCUCCGCUCUCCCGAGCUCCUGGCACUCGCACCUGUACAGGUGAGAUAUGGACAGCCGAUCGACGACACGGGGUGUACUUCGUGGGCCUCGAUUCUUCGUCGGGAGCUGGUGUUUUAAACUUCACCGUCAAAUCCGACGUUUCAGUUACGUUCCGAGUCGCGACAAGUGCAUGUAGUGCCGCCCCGAUCCCAGCGAUCGCUAAGAUAUGGGCCACUCAGUGUGGAAGGUGCCUACGUGUAGCUACUCCGCCAUGGAGCCAUCCGAAUCCCGGGCAGCGAAUUACUUGGGCCAAGGGAAUGCAAACUGUGAUGCCUAGUAGUUUGUUCGUUUGGCUUAAGUUAUUUUCAUGUCCGACUAAAGCGCCACGUGGUGGAGAUCGUUUCUAAUCGGAUCGGAUUGGAUAUACCAGGUGGACAUGGACAAGGAAGUGCUCUUUUGCUCGAGUGAACUAGUGAGUUGGCCACGCUUGGUCAUCCUAACUGGCUACGUCAUCAGGUGAGGAUCGGGGUGAGUGGGAGUGUGAGCACCUGAGCAGCGCCUCCACGAAGCCCCAUCGAUCUGGAAUGAUUAGCCUGGCGCUGAUACCAAAGAGCGACGUGAUUCGCUCCGCUCCCAAAAAGUAGACGCCGGCUGAUUAAUUCCGCCGCCAUAUUCGGCUUCCGUUUGGGUUUCGGAGUCCGAAUCCGAAUCCGUAUCCGAAUGGAGCACUGCUCUUCGGAUGGGGGUUCGGGUUCGGGCUGGGAAUCGACUCCACUUGGUGCGCUGGCACGGUCUCUCGGGCCGUAAACCCAUUAUCACUAUAUUGGUUGUACGAUUUGCGGAUCCGUCGCCAGUUGCCCGACUGUAAAAUCUGAUUUCUGUAGACGUGUCGUCGCUUCGCCACAACCGAUUCGAUACGGCUGGGGAAACUGACUUGGGAACGAGAUAAGAACUCUGUUUUCUCACAGAGAGAAAAACAGACAUAUGCUGGUCAUUUCGAGGAUUUAUCACACCACCCAGGACUGAAUUGAAUGUCUAAAUAAUCAAAGAGAUUGAAUUGAACUGGGGGGAUAUGAUUAAAGAUCAUCGUGCAAGAGCAUAUCCUUUUGAUAUUAUCAACAUUUGAAAUUAAGCGAUUUGAAAUUAAGGUAUCUAUGUUACCCUGGAUGUACUACAUAGGUUUUUCCCAGUGCAGUGGGGUAGCAAAGGGUUUCUGGGUAGGACAAACGUGGCACUCUGCGAGUAUAAGGCGAAAAGGUAGCCGAAACCCAACUGAUAAUUGUGCAACGUACACAAACCUUGCUCGCAUUGCUCCACUUGCUCACGGGUUAUCAGUUGGAGUGACAAGCGGAAAUUAAAGUUGAAAUCGACACGAUUAUUUCAUUAGUUCUGUUUGCGAAGGGCCGAACAAGUGGGCGUGUGCCGGGGGGUGGAAGUGGGUGGUAUCCGAAAGGUCGGGCAGGAGUUGGCAAGGUCACCCGGAUGUUUAUAUUCGGCAGUCUAGUUGCCGAUUGACGGAUUGAUUGUCAGUGGCCAUAACUAACCAAUUAGCGAUUGCCAUUCGUAGCAGGCAAAGCCAGGCACAUCCUUGGGUGGUUGGAUCCGACGGGCGGUGGGUCACCAGGUGGCUUGGGAGCCUUUGGUGCUCCAAGGUGAAACGCAAUCAGAAAUAAGUGCGCCCAGCCAAGUCGAAUUAAGCUGGAGACUUGGACCCAAUUCCAUCAGGUGCAAGCGACAGAAACAGCGAAGACAAACAGAGGCCACGUUUUCAGUAGGGGGAGUACAGUGAAGCCUCCAAAAAGGGGUCAGUUUCGCAGAAAGCCGUCUUAAUCUUAGAAAUUUGUCGAAAGGGGAAAAUAAGGCUAAUAGAACACACAACUCAGACUGAGAUCCAGGAUCGGAUACAUACCCUGGUCAGCUAUAAGGAGCGUCCACUGUUCGAGAGCACAUGGAGCCCUGGGAAGAUGUCAUUGGUUUGGACGUGGACGAAAGCGAAAGGUGUAGACGCAGACAAAGACGGAGACAGAACUUCAGCGAAUAUGCCAAGACACGCAACAACAAUGGAACCGUCAAAAGGGAGAGGCCAAGAUGGAGAACACGGCGAGAAGACAUUCUAAUAGUACAAUGCCUCGGGUCGACAGGGCGUAUUAAAAUGUAGCAGCAAAGGAUAUGAGCCACCAUCAAAGAGUCCUUAUCUAUAGAGCUCCAACAAGUAAAACUCCUCCAACUUACAGCUCAAGUUCUUUUAUAUGAAUUCUAGAUCACAACCCCAUAAUAUGCUUUGUAUUUUUAUAACCAGUAGCUUGCGGGGUUAUAUGCGCAAUAAAUUUUAUGAUCGGAAAUUCGUAUGCGAUAAGUACUGUUGCGAGUUAGGAUCAUAAAUGUUUUAUCUUCGAAAACCAGUUUUUGGUUUUGCUUAUGGUAUAAGUUCGACAAUGUUGAUCAAAUACUUAAAGUUUAAGCAGAAAUAAGGAUAACAACUUUUACUAGGCUAGUUUUUCUCGCAGUGCCUCUGGUAACUAGCAACAAAUGGGCAGUCGGCAGUUGGGGGCGUGACAGCAACCGUGAAAAGAACUCGAGGAUGACAGUUAUGGGUUACAAAGGCAAGGAUUGAAUCAAAUAAAUAAACGCGCAAGGUUCUCGUCAUGGAGCGCGACUCACUGGGUCGGAUACACGGGGCGGGGAUUUAUAUGGGAUUCGAUUGAACGGGUUGAGCUCCGCGCGGGGGCAGGGAUUCGGGCAUGGGCAUGGGCCUGGGGGUAACCUUACCACGUCCACGUCCACGUCCAUGUCAAGUUUGCAUGCGGCUGCAGGUAAUUCCCCAUUUCACCCGCCUUUACAUAAUCACAACAAAUGAACGAGGAAAGGCGACGGAUGGCGAAUCUAUUAGCAUAAGGGCGCAUAAAACGGCGCCGUAGCCGGAUCCGGCUGGAUUCCAUCGAGGAUUCGCACUCGUCGACUCAGUUGCAGUGGAGCCGUGGAGCCGCGAUGAACGUCUGGAAAGCAAAGGUCCUAACGGAAGUCCCUUUCGGACACGUCCUCAUCGUCAGUGGACGCGUCAAGCCUCAUCCGAAUAAAAUUUCGCUGGACCUCACGGACAAUGUGAACGCGCAGAACGAGAGCGAAACGGUGUUCCUGAAGAUCGAGGCCAACUUCCGCGAGGGCCAGAUCAUCCGCAGCAUGUUCCAGCCGGGCGAGGGAUGGCAGCAGGAGGAGAUCUCCAAGAACUGGAAGUGCGACGGCCCCAAGAAUCCGCUGCAGCCGGGCCAGAGCUUCACCUUCCGGGUGGCGGUGCUGCAGCGAUGCUUCGAGAUCUACGUGAACGAUCAGCUGUACGGGUCCUUCGAGUUCGUGAAGUUCCCCAAGCAAAUCAACUACGUGCGGACCUACGGGGACUUCGAGAAGAUCACUCAGUUCCACCACCGCAUGCUCUUUCCGCUCGUCUUCCCCAGAACGCUCAUGUGUCCGGACAAGGUGGCCUUCCAGAGCGACGUGCCCAGGCGAUACGAAACCGGCACUGUGGUGGCCAUGGAGUGCAUCGCCAAGGGGCCACCGACCACGGAGUUCUCCAUCUGCUUCCAGUGCAACGACACCGGGAGGACGGUGCUCCGCUUCCACGUGAACUUCGAUCGGACAACGGUGUCACGCAGCUACCAGCGCGAAGACAACAGCUUUGCCUUAAGCGACGAGGAGACCGAGGGCGAAUUCCCAUUUGUGCGCGGAAAGCUCUUCAAGAUCGCCUUUGGGCUCGGGGAUCGGGCUUUCCUGAUCGCAGUCAACGGUCAGUACUUCACCUACUACAACUUCCCUGGACGCCCCUUCUCCAUAUCCACUUUGAAGUGUUUCACCAACGAAGUGGGCGACUUCGCCGUGAGGAGCAUGGAGUACCACUCGGAUUCCCCGCUUCUGUCCCGCGUGGAGAAGUUGUCCAUCAUUUAAUCGAAAGUGAUUCCAGAAGUCUUCUUAAUCGAUUCGAUGUCUCGUAGUAUGCUCUUUGUUCAAUCGUUGGCUUUGAUCACCGUACAGCACCAGUUAACUUCUUAUUGUGAGCAUAUAAAUAAAGCAAAGCAGCUCUCCAAACUUACAAA